GGACUCUCAAAGAGCAAAAGCUGCUGAUGGCGUCACCGCUAAUGCUGGUGUUUUUAACUGCUCUUCCUGGGGUCCUCUGCUACCAAUCCUCAUUCAUUGACCUGGAAGCUAAAGGAAGUAACAAGUCUUCUAUCAGAUUCCUGGUUUUGGGGGACUGGGGUGGUCUGCCAUAUCCUCCCUAUAUUACCCCUAUAGAGAAGGCCACUGCCCGCAUGAUGGCCAAAACUGCUUCUCAGAUGGGUGCAGACUUCAUUUUAGCCCUUGGUGACAACUUCUACUAUAAGGGCGUCACUGAUGUCAAUGACCCUAGAUUCCAGGUCACGUUUGAAGAUGUCUACACACAGGAUUCUCUUAAUAUUCCAUGGUACGUCAUUGCUGGCAAUCACGACCAUGCAGGAAACGUCCUUGCUCAAAUUGAGUACAGCCAGAAGUCAAAGAGAUGGAACUUCCCCUACUAUUAUUAUGAGAUGAACUUCCGCAUUCCUCGAACGGCUAGCACUCUGACCAUCAUCAUGCUGGACACUGUGUUGCUGUGUGGAAACUCUGAUGACUUCCUUGACCAGCAGCCCAAAGCACCCCGAAGUGGUGUUCAGGCCAACAGACAGCUGCUGUGGCUUCAGGAACGCUUGGCAAAGUCUAAGGCUGAUUAUCUCCUGGUGGCUGGUCAUUAUCCGGUGUGGUCCAUAUCAGAGCAUGGGCCAACCGACUGUCUGCUGAAGAAAUUGAGACCACUGCUUAUGAAGUACAAAGCCACUGCUUACCUGUGUGGCCAUGAUCACAAUCUACAAUACAUCAAGGAGUCCGGUAUCGGUUAUGUGGUCAGUGGCGCUGGUAACUUUAUGGAUCCCGAUGUGCGGCACCGCAACCAGGUUCCUCGAGGCUACCUCAAGUUCUUCAAUGGUGAUGCUGGUACCUUGGGUGGCUUUGCCCAUGUGGAGGUUAACAAGACCGAGAUGACCGUUACUUUUAUUCAGGCUAGAGGAACCUCUCUUUACAGGGCUGUUCUUAAAAAGCGUGACGAUCUUUUCAGAGUGGAUGACUAUGUUUGAAGUUUAUUCAGUUUUAAUGUGACUUUGGGAUGUUGACCCAGGUCUUUUAGAGAUGUGCUCCAGAUUGGGGGGGGGUGGGGUGUUGCACUCUUGAAAUCCUUUUAUUAUAGAGUAGACUUUUAAAUGGUUUAACCAAUAAAUGUUUGGUAAGCUACGUUGAGAACAUGUAAGUUUUUAAAAAUGAUUAUUAAAUGACUCCUUUUAAAUU